AUGUUGCAAAAUCCCCAACAAGAUAUUGACGCUCCUGCCAAUCCUGGUAUCAAUCAACAGCAACCACAAUUACCACCAGCUCCACAGCAGCAACCUACAAAUCCACAACAGCAACAACCUCCAUUUCCUCAACACCAACAACAGCACCAUUUUCCUGCACCAGACUGUACUAUUUGGAUGGGUGAUCUAAGCCCUGAUUGGGAUGCUAGUUAUAUCCGUGAAGCUUUUGCACAGUACGGGAAGGAUAUUGUUAAUGUGAAGAUGGUGACUACUGACCAAGGAGCCAGGAAAGCUACUUACUGCUUUGUUGAGUUUUCCAAUGAAGAUUCUGCUCGUGAUGCAUUGUUGGAUGUUAAUGGGAAACCGUUUCCAAAUGACCCGUCUGGAAGAGCACGUUUUAAUCUUGCAUUUGCCAAUUCUCCACAUCAAAUGUCUGUUGAGUACAACCUGUUUGUUAACAAUUUGUCUCCAGAUGUUGAUGAUGUUUCUCUUUUUAGGUUAUUUGGCGAACGCUAUCGUUCCUGUCGGGGUGCUAAAGUCUAUCGAAAUGAGGAAGGGUAUUCCAAAGAACAAGGAUUCGUUCGAUUCACAUCAGAGACUGAUCAACAAAAAGCUUUGGUUGAAAUGAACAAACAAAGCUUUUUUGGUCGUGAAUUGUUUCUGAAAUUGGCCCGGCCAAAAACUCGAGGGACUGGGCGUUAUGCGCCGCGAGGUGUGCAUGGAUCAGCGUCGUUAAUGGGUGCACCUCCUGCCUAUCCGGCGCCUGGAUUUUUUGUUCCAAAUGCAGCUAUUCCAAUGAUUGCCAACACUCCUUUUGGUGUCGGAAUUAUGCCUGCAGGAGCUCCACUUUCUAUGGCAACACCUUAUGGAACUCAAUUAGCGCCAAACCAUGGAAUGGCAGGUUUUGGUGGAAUGCCUGCUGGACAACAAUUUGCUGGACAGCCUAUCUUUGUUGGGAAUACUUUUCAACAGAAUCCGUUCAUUCAACAACAGUUUCAUCAACAUAAUCUUUUUAAUCCUGGUGCUGUUAUGCCUCAAAUAGGAAUGCCUGCUGGUUCUAUUCAAUAUCCCAAUCAACAGCAACACAAUAUUGCUCAUGUUCAACCUCAAUUAAUUAUGCCUAUUAAGCCAGAAAUUCAACAAUAUUAUGAGGAUGUUGAGCCUUUAUCUGCUGAAGAGCACAAUGCUCUUUUAAUAAAUUCGAGUGCUGAAUUGGCAACUUCAAUUGAAGCUAGUCGUUGGGGCUCUGUUGCCUUUACUCCUGAUUUGCGUUUAAAAGAGCUUCAAAAUGUUUUGCAUUGAAUUUUUGUGUGUUUGGAAAAAGGAUAUGUUAUUUAUUUUUUGUUUUUUAUUAAAAAAAUUUCAAAGCAAUGCUUUUUGAAAAAAAUAUUAAAUUAAAAGGCAUUGCAAUGGGGAAGACGGAGGGAAGAAGAGUUAACGGAGCAGGCUAAUCCCGUCUUGAAUCCAAGGGAGGUGGCUGGAGGGCAUGCCAACCCUUCACCAAUCCAUUUUAUCUCAAGGCUAUGAUUUUCUUUUUUAUCAGAAAAAUAUUUUACCCUGAGCGGGUUCGAACCCAUGACCCCAAAAUAAUUUAAAAU